AUGCCUAUCCUUAUCAAUUCCGGCUGCACGAACUCAGUUAUUGACCAAAGCCUCAUUGACAAGUACUGUAUAACCUCCACACCACUACCUGUGCCUCUUGAUACUGCAGGAGCUGAUGGCCAAUCCCAGAAAGUAAUGUGCUAUGUCACUCUCCACAUCAACGUGAAAGGGAAGGAACAUUUGAUGGAUGUCAUUAUAGCAUUAUUACUUUUGCCAUGUAUACUACUUGGACAUGACUGGUUAAUACUUACUAACCCUUCAAUUGAUUGGCGGGCCAACAAGAUUACUUUCCCCACUGAUGAUUUGGAGUAUCAUCUUAAAGAAGGGGAUAAAAUCUUAGCCGUUGAUCUUGAAACACAAAUAAUAGAGAUGAUGCAGUUGGAACUGAACACUUUUGCCACCAAAAGCCAACAGAUAGCCGAGUACUCCGAAAAAGCAAAGUCAAAACUCACCUUCCGAGACAUUUUUCCCCCAGUCUACCAUAAAUUUGAACCUAUUUUUACCAAAGAAUCAUUCAACAAACUUCCCCCCAAACAUUCUUAG